CUCGGUCAGAUCGUUAUCAGCAUAUUAACUCUUAUGAUGAAGAUGAUACAAAUGAUGAAGACUCUGUGGAAAUCCGUCAGUUCUCAUCCUGCACUCCGCGGUUCAGUAAGGUGUACAGCAGUAUGGAGCAGCUUUCCCAGCUAGAGCAGAAGGCCCCUUCUACAUCCCAAGACAGCAGCAAGCAAGAUAGAUCUGAAAGGACAAGCAAGAGAGAGACCCUUGGAGGUGUGACCCUGAGAGAUCGCUGCUGGAGGACUGUGUCUCCUGAGAUGAAACAUUUUUCGGAUUCAGUCGACGCUGACUCCAGCCCCCCAUUAGCUGCGAGGCGACGAUUCUCUGCCCUGGUGGACACCGCCCGUUUCGUGGCCCCUCUGGAAGGGGAAGGAGAGUUUAGGGUGAGGAGCAGCAGUGGAACUCAGCAUGGCCAAAGUAAAAUUCCCCUGGGAGAGCUAGAACCAGGAGACAAGUCUUCAGACUCUCAAGGACACCAGGAUGCAGACUCCUCCCCUCGUGCCACCAAUGAUCUUGUUUUGCGUAGGGCUCGUCACCAGCAUCUAUCCGGGGACAGUGACCGGAGGAGAGCCGGAGGGAAGGUCAUAAAGUCGGCUUCCACCACUGCACUUUCCGUGAUGAUUCCUGCAGUGGAACAGCACACCAGCUCCCCACUGGUCAGUCCAAUGUCCCCCCGCUCAUUGUCAUCCAAUCCCUCCUCCCGGGACUCCUCGCCCAGCCGUGACUACACCCCUGCCGUCAGCAGCUUGCGCUCCCCCAUCACCAUCCAGCGGUCAGGGAAGAAGUAUGGCUUCACUCUCAGGGCUAUACGAGUCUACAUGGGGGAGAGCGAUGUGUACAGUGUUCAGCACAUUGUCUGGCAUGUUGAAGAAGGUGGCCCCGCUCAUGAGGCCGGGCUCUGUGCUGGAGACCUCAUCACCCAUGUUAAUAACGAGCCAGUUCACGGCUUAGUUCACACCGAGGUGGUGGAACUGAUUCUGAAGAGCGGUAACAAGGUCCUUGUCACCACAACGCCUUUUGAGAACACGUCAAUCAGGACCGGUCCAGCCAGAAGAAGCAGCUACCGCUCCAAGAUGGCCAGAAGAAGCAAGAGGAGCAUGGGAAGAGAAGGGCAGGAGAGUAAGAAGCGCAGCUCUCUCUUUCGUAAGAUCACCAAGCAGUCCAAUCUUCUGCACACCAGCCGCUCUCUUUCCUCUCUCAGCCGUUCUCUGUCCUCUAGUGACAGUCUGCCAGGAUCUCCCACUCACAGCUUCUCAGCUCGCUCUCCAACCCACAGCUAUCGGUCAAUGGACUCAGCAUACCUAGGGGCCUCUUCACAAGGCAGUUCUCCUUCUUCCAGCACUCCCAACUCUCCUGCCCCUCCUCCUCCAUCCUCCUCGACAUCCGGUGGUUCAACGUCCUCCUCAUCCUCUUCUCCUGCACCUCCUUCUCCUCACAUUCGCCCAAGCACACUCCAUGGUUUGUCCCCAAAACUGCAUCGCCAGUACCGCUCUGCAAGAUGCAAGUCUGCCGGUAACAUGCCCUUGUCCCCCCUGGCUCACACGCCUUCGCCCACUACAGCCGCCUCACCUCCUCUUCUUCCUAGCCACAUUAUAGGUAGCAGCCUGACCACUCAGAGCUUCCCUCCAAAGUUGCACCCCUCGCCUCCUGUCUCCCGUCCACGCCCCAAGAGUGCAGAGCCCCCACGUUCCCCUCUCCUGAAGAGGGUGCAGUCUGCAGAGAAGUUGGGUGGAGGUGGAAGUGGUGGUUCACCAAGAAAACAAGAGCCAGGAGGUGGAACACCAGAGGGAGAAGUGGGAGAAAACAUGGCGGGCAGAUCUCAGCCUGUUAGGAGAGUAGGCCGACAGGAAUCUCCUCGGAGCUUAUGUGCGGGAGACCUGAUAGUGGACAAUUUGGAAAGGCUGGAAAGUGACAUUGGGAUGGGCAUAUCACAGCAGGCAGAGGGGCACAAAGGCGUUGAAGGGAAAGUUCAAGUAGUAGGAAAGAUGGGCACUGUUGUACGAACACCUACUUCGUUUUCACCCCAGGAACCUCCUUCAAUUGUGACAGUUGCUCUACCAACACCAGGGGAGCCAUCUCAUGCCAUGACAGGAAGAUGCCAGGUCAAAACACUAAGUCCUGUGCAGGAACAUGAAGGUAGACGGGGGGAAGGAGACGAUGGGAUCGGGGAGGCUGAUGGAAAAAAGGGAGAUAAAGGAGAGGAUGAUGAGGAAGAGAGUGGGACCAUGAGGGAACGUUGGUAUUUAGAAGUGGUUGAAGAGCUCACUACAGUGGGUAAAAGUACUAUAAAAAGUGGCCCCUCCAACCACAAAGACUCCCAAGUUUCUCAGGCAACUUCACACAUAAUUAAGUCUAAAACUGUUGAUCCUGACCCUGUGAAGUACACCACCGGUCCUCCCCAGCAUCUCCACUCCGAUCCCUCCCAUGCUACAAAAGACAAAAACAAAGAAGUUCCUCCAAUGAAAACAACUGAUCCUAAAGCUAUUAAGUCUUCUUCUCAGCCAACUGAAGAUAAGAAGCCAGAAGCUCCUAAAGCUGACCAACCCUUAGGUGUAAAGAAUGAAAAAUCAAAUGUCGACGUUCCAAAAUGUCCUUCCCAUUCUCCGCCAAGUGCCAAGCUCCCAGAAACCUUCCAGUCAGCUUCCUCUCACCCUGUUAGAUUAAAUGAAGUGAAAACCAAUCAGUUAAAGGAUUCUACCUCUACCAUCCUAAAUAUUGAAAAGUCCCCAGAUACUCAGAUCAAUAAUGUACCGCCCAUGAGGAGCAGUGAUGUGAAAUCUGAAAAAACAAAAACCUUCACUACCGCAGUGCCCACCACGGAAAACAUAAAAGGAAAUGGAGCUGCUGUCAAAGAUUCCCAAAUUGCCGUUCCCGCUUUAGCUUCUGUGAAACCCCUUUCCCCAGUAAGCAUACAGAUAAGCAAUGCAGAGAGCAUACAGGCACCCCAAGCUUCAACUGUGUCAGAUAAUAGUUCGAUGAAUGGAGCAGAUAACGAUAAGACAAAAUUGCAAGCUAUAAUAAGCAGCACAGAAGUACAUAAACAGGCGGCCAACCAGAGCCAGACUUGUGAGAUGGAAAUUCGUCAUUCAACAAGCAAUACUCAGAUAACUGUAAACAAGGUUAGCAGAGUGGAGAGUGACAAGGCCACGGUCACCACUCCUCCGGUUUCUGACAACAAAGUAACUGGCCCCUAUGCUGGUUUUAAAAGUCUUACUGAGAGCACCUCAGUAACUGGUGGGCUUUCAGGGACGGCCAACGACAAGGUUAGGGACACCGCCGAUCAUCCAAGCACUUGUAACGCUGGUGAGGAAAAAAAAAAAGCCAAAUUGCCAACUGCUGCUUCGGAUGGUAGCAUCAGCAGAAUUCUGAGCGACCAAGCUAAGAAAAACUCAUUCCCUCUGAGUCAAGACAAAGCCAACAAGCCUGACCCCAACCAGGUAUCAACCACCCCUUCUUCCUCGCUUAAGCCUGCUAAUGGUGGAGACCCCAACCAGAUAUCACCCGCCCCUUCUUCCUCACUUAAGGCUGCUAAUGGUGGAGACCCCAACCAGAUAUCACCCGCCCCUUCUUCCUCACUUAAGGCUGCUAAUGGUGGAGACCCCAACCAGAUAUCACCCGCCCCUUCUUCCUCACUUAAGGCUGCUAAUGGUGGAGACACCAACCAGAUAUCAUCCGCCCCUUCUUCCUCACCUAAGCCUGCUAAUGGUGGAGACCCCAACCAGAUAUCAACCGCCCCUUCCUCACUUAAGCCUGCUAAUGGUGGAAACUCCAAUCAAGUAUCAACUACCCCUUCUUCCUCACCUAAGUCUGCUAAUGGUGGAAACCCCAACCAAGUGUCAAUUGCCCCUUCUUCCUCACCUAAGCCUGCUAAUGGUGGAAACCCCAACCAAGUGUCAACCACCCCUUCUUCCUCACUUAUGCCUACAAAUGGUGGAAACCCCAACCAGAUAUCAACCGCCCCUUCUUCCUCACUUAAGCCUGCUAAUGGUGGAGUGGAGAAUGACCAGACAAGAUUGUCCAGAUCUGUCGCCGGAAGUGGCAUAACCGACAGCAAACAGACUAAAGAGACCUCGGUGACUUCUCUUAAGGUCACCAGUCCAGAACAAUGUAAGCAGUUGCCUAUAACGAUUACAGGUAGCGGAGUCAAGAGCGACGGCAAGAGCGGGACCUGCGCACCACUGAAGUCUCCGAGUUCUCAGACGGCCACAACAGUUAGGAGUCAGCACCCCUCUUAAGCAAAACAACUCCAGAAUGUCAGGGUGUGAAAGGGUCAGAAUCACAGUGUUGAUAUUGUAACUGCGGCCUAGCCCUCUAACGCACGAGGGAGCAAAGGAAAAAAGUGGGGCUGGACUUAUUCGCUGCCACCGCGGGAUUUUUGCAAUGAGCCUUAUCGCUCCCCCUCCCCUGCAGUCUCUUAAAGAGAAGCGGGGGGCCACACUGGCGUGUAUGUGUGUGUCCAAUGUGUGUGCGCGUCUGUGUAUCUGUGUGUUUGUGCCGUGCCUUACUUGUUUAUUAGUCGGGGGGAAAAAAAA